AUGAGUAAAGUUAUAACCAAUCCAGCCACUUAUAGUCAACGAGAAAUACUAUUGUUAUCCCAAUUAUUAUAUGUCAAUAAUUUACAAGAUGAAAAACUGAUUGAUUCAGCAUCAGAUGAAUUAAUAUCAACCAUUUUAACUGAAUUUAAGAAUCAUGUGGUAAUGAAAUUAGAUAAUAAACAGAUUAAAUUGAAUACUAAGAUUCAAUUAAAAGAAUUAUAUAGCAAUCUAUUAGCUCAGAAUGGUGUUAAUAAUACCGAAGAUUUGGCUAAUACUACUUAUUUUGGCAGAAUGGAUCAAUUAAAUCAACAAAUAGCUCACCAUAAACAAGAAUUCGUUGAUACUUUACAAGACAGUAAACAUCAAUAA